GUUGUAAAAUAGCAUAAAGUUUGCAAGGGUUUGCCUCUAUAAUGACAUAUUAUGUCUAUUAAUUAAAGUAGGGUGUGUUUAUAAGGUUGUUAUGUUGCGCAUGAUUUUGGACCUAUCGGCCUCUAGUUUUCACCUUGCAUGACCUUAUGUGACGGGUGACUCACGUAGUCCUGUACGGUUAUAAUCACAUACACGCAUACAUCGAUAUUAUAUACCUAAUUGGCGCUAGACAGAUACAUUUAGACCGUCGUUUCUUAACCUUCUUAUAGUAAAUUGUUUACAAGUUACUACUCGUAAUCGUAUAUUCAAUGGUAUGUUACCUAUAUUAUUUUCAGCUAAUAGUCAGUUAAACCCUAAUAAAAAGCGCUUAAAUUAUACUUAUAUUGUUCCAGAUUUUACUUUCGAAAUUACACAACUAAGCAGUCUAAAAUACAUCUAGUAGCUAUAAGUCACCUAAAAAAAUAUCGUAAACAAGAUAUUAAAAAUGGCAACUAAUAAAUAUUUAAGUGAUCUUAUAGACAAACUGGGAUAUUCAUAUGAUGAGCUACUAGAAAUUGAUGAUACUUUGGAAGAUACUAUUGUAAAUGAAGGAGCUGCAGCGGUGUUUGAAUGUCAAAUAAAAAAUAAGCCAGAUAGCUCUAGUAUUUGGUAUAAGGACGGUAAAGAAAUACAUCCAUCUAAUAGGAUUAUGAUAAUAAACAACAGAAAAUGGCGACGAUUGGAAAUAGAUGCAGUUACUGCGAAAGAUCACGGCAUUUACACUAUAGUAUUUAAUGACAAAUAUGGCAUGUAUUAUUCGAGUGCCAAAUUAAUCGUCAAUGCACGAAAUACCAAAACCAUUCAUACAUGUCCGUGCCCGAGAUGGGCCCUUGCUGUAUCAAAAUGUUUAAAAAGUAUUGCUGUAACAUUAGGAGAGAGAAUAGAUCUAGAAGUAGAGUUUAACUCUGAGGCUUUAACAGACUAUCUUUGGUUUAAAAACGAUAUUCCUAUAGUAGAAAAUGACCGCAUUAUGAUAUUAAAGGACACAACAUCGUCGGUUCUCACUAUCCAUUGUGGAAAAUUAUCUGAUACUGGAAUAUACACUGUAGUUACAAAAACAAAAUAUGGUUUUGCAUCAAAUACCGCAGAUGUACAUGUGCUUGAAGAGAAUAUGCACAAUUUAAAUAAUAAUUUAUUUAUAGAGGAAUCUCCACCUGAUGAAGUAGCAGUUAAUGAAGAUGAUGAAGUUAUGCUUGUAUUUAAAAUUGCACAUAGCGUAAAUAUAGCUGUGAAAUGGUUAAAAAAUGAUCUUCCUAUUACUCAAAAUAAACGACUGUUACCUGAAUAUUAUUAUGGAGGCUAUGUAUGUUUACGAAUAUUAGAUACUCAAAGAGGAGAGAGCUCGAUUUAUGCUUUAGCUAUAGAAAACGAAAUAACAGGAAAGUCAGAUAUUUCGUCUUGUGUGUUAACUAUAAAUAAUACCCCUAUGAAAAAUCCGCCUUUAGUCGUCUUGAAGAAACCAUUAGUAUCUGUAAUUACUUGUAAUGGUUCUGCAAUAUCUUUUCAUUGUAGUUUUGAGUUAGAUGAUUCAGGUUAUUAUUAUGUUUGUUGGUACGUCGGUCAUUUUAGAGUGGAACGCAGCAAUACAAGAUUUAAUGUUGUCAGCAAAGAUGGAGAGUUUUUACUCUAUAUUAAAAAUGUGGAGCCAGGAAUGAACGGAGAAGUAAUCUGCGAAUUACGCCGGGCCCUCCCAAACCAAAAGUCCGUGCGCAUAAACAGAACCUUCGCAAAUCUAACUAUUGUACCUGCUAUCGUCUUAGAAACGAAAAUGUUCAGUUCCAUAUCAACACUUAAAUCUAAGAUACGUUAUGUUUCAACCAAAGACAAUUUUACAAAUGGUGAUUACAGAGAGUAUAACGAAAUGGUAAAGGACCGAAACGGCAACGGGCACUUUGGGACUUUCUUAGAUAACCAAGUAGCAUUGGAAAUCACUUACUGCAGGUUAGAAGAACACGGUUUUCAUUACUUCGAUGUGUGUGCCGACGACUUUAUGUCUUCAGUUCCAGUAGAAUUAUAUGAAGAAGAUUUAAAAGAGACAUCUGGGCAGCAUAGGAACGUCGUUGUUAUAGAGUGGAAAGAUUUCGCUUACCCGAGUAUGUGGUACGCCAUUGAUCUUCGCCAGAAAAACGGUGAUUAUACUGAGCUGGGUGUCAGUAGCAGCCCAAAGUUUGAAAUAAAAAAUCCGCCCAUAGAGAAGAUGAUGGAAUUUCGAAUAAGAACAGUUGCUGAUCCGAUGAACGAGACAAGUGAAUGCAGUAUUUGCAUAUCUCCAUUACCAGUGGAUGAGACACCUGUAACAAAAUCUUGUAACGUCAAAGAAAUGGAGGAAUUCGAAUCGUUUUACACUAAAACCGAUCACCUUAUAGGCUCUGGUGGUUUUGGUAGCGUCAGUCUGGUAAAAGAUAAACGGGGAGCCUAUUAUGCUGCAAAGGUACAGAAAACUAAGACGCAGAUGAGAAGAGAAACAGCAUUCAAAGAAUAUGAGAUCAUGAGAGUAUUAAAGCAUCCCAAGAUCGUGGAGUUGAUCGAUGCUUUUGUUGCGAAGGACUCCUUAAUUUUAGUAAUGAAUUAUUGUUGGGGCGGGGAACUCUUCGACAGAAUAGUUCAAGAAGAUAAUAUUAAAGAAGUGGAUGUGGUACUCUACGUACGUCAGAUCUGCGAGGCUCUAUAUUAUUUACAUUCCCAUAAAAUCGCUCAUUUAGAUCUAAAACCCGAAAAUAUAAUAUGCCUAAGUCCCAACUCCAGACAGGUGAAAAUAAUAGACUUUGGACUUGCAAGAAUGUUGGAUAAUGGCAACAAUGUGAAGGUUAUUUACGGAACCAAGGAUUAUAUUGCCCCCGAGAUUCUUAAUUAUGAGAAGAUGACAACUGCGUGUGACAUGUGGACCUUGGGAGUCGUAACAUACAUGUUACUUUCAGGAGUGAUGCCGUUUGCCGGAAACACGUGGCUAGAGACGAGUGCCAAUAUCACUAUGGCCAAUUAUAAUUAUAACGAUACAGCGUUUACCGAAAUAUCGGACUUAGCAAAGGAUUUCGUAGAUAGUCUGAUAAUAUUAGUCGCAGAGAAGCGCAUGUCCGCCGCCGACGCUCUGAACCAUCAAUGGAUUGUGGAGGGCCCGCCAAAAGGAGCUAGUGCUGGUCACAUGAUGCGCACUAGAAAGAACAUGAAGUCUUAUCUUGCAAACUACAGGGCUAGAUGGCAGAGAGCUGGUAAUGUGAUGAUAGCUGCACAUCGACUCCGGACUCAAGCUAGCAACAGGAGCAGCGUGGAAGUAUCGUCUCAUGUCACCGAGCCUGAUAUUUAAUCUGUGGACAUACAUGUAUUUUAAAAAUUGAAAUGAAUUUAUUUUCGGCCUUGAUGAAACUAAAGGAAAUCGGAAAAAAUAUCCCUAACUAGCAAAAACAUAUUCAUCCAAGUUUCCUUUUUGUGGCGUUAAUGAUUACUAGAUUUUUUUAUGGCACGGGGACAAACAAGUAUGCGGCUCACCUGAUGGUAAGUGAUUACCUCCGCCCAUGAGCACCCGCAACACCAAGGGAAUUGCAAGUACGUUGUCGGCCUUUUAAAAAGGAAUAAGCUCUUUUCUUGAAGGUUUCAAUAUUGUAUCGAUUCGGAAAUAUCAUUGCUGGAAGGUGAUUCCACAUGGUGGUUGUGCGUGGCAAAAUGUUUUUAAAAAACCGCAUUGUGGAGGACCGUCAUUCAGAUGAUCAGGAUGAUAUUUUAAAGAUAACGUUAGAUACAAGUAGGAAAUUGAGUUAAUAUAAAUAAUUGUAUAUAUAUGUUGAAUUGUAAAAAUAUCCCAACCAGCAAAAAUAUAUUUACCCAAGUUUCCUUUUGUUAGAAUAUAUAUUAUAAUAAACAUAUUAAUAAUGAAUAUAUUUUAUGUUUUAUAUAAUAUAACUUAAAUACAUCAUUAAUAGAAAAAGAUAGUAAGUAUAUUUGCAUACAUAUAUUAUAAAACAAUUGUACAUAUUUUGGUUUAAUAGGAAGAAAUCAAUCCACAAAUUGGGGUCUUGGGGUUCCCAAGUCCUUUUGUAUUAGAGAAGGAGGUAUUAGAAUGUCUAAUGUAAGCUAUUAAUAUAUUCUUAUCGUCCUUGAUAUCUUUGUACAUAUUGUUAUAUCAUAAUUAAUAGGUAUACAGUAAUAGUUAACGACAAGUAACUAUUCUGUAAACUUUUAAUUUUAUUUUGUGUGAUGUAUUUAUUGCUAUUUAGUUUUGUACACAAUUUUAAGAUAUAUCUGGUUGGGUAGAUUCAAGUAAGAUUGAGAAUAUUAUCUCAUACCAAACGAAAGGUUGUCUUGUGAGCUAUAACUAAUAACUACCUCGAAUCUGUUGCAUGCUUUGUAUUUCAAUAAAAUAAU